AUGCCAUCGACGGCCCAUCACACGUUUCGCCUGUGCGACCUCCCGCCCGAGCUGCAGGCCGCGGUGCUGGACCAUGUCGGCGCUCUCUCCCAGGCGGACCUGCACACGGCCGCCAGAACAUGUAGGGGCUGGAACGAGCGCCUCACGCCCAGCCUGUACGCCUCGCUCGAGAUACACAAGGCGAACCGGCGCGCCGUGUUCGCCGGCCUCGGGCUCGAUUUUUUGUCCGCGCCAGAGCUCGAGUCGCGCGUGGGCGAAGCGGGCUCGGAGCAUGCCCCGUCGUCCAACGGUGCGUCGGCGUACGCUGCCCCAGAACCACCGCGCAAACUCGCCGCGCUGGCACAUGCCAAGCGCAUAUCGCUGCGCGACGCGACGGCCGCCCUCGCGCUAGCCGAGGCCCUGUUGACGUACCCCGCGUUAUCUGGCGCGCUCGACGAGCUCGCCCUUUCUUCGUCUCUCUUCCGCUCGCUCGUGAGCACCGGCAUGGCGGCGUUCGGCCGGCCGCGCUCCGGCGCAGCGUUCCUGGGCGAGACGCUCGUCGCAAGGCUACGACCAAAAGUCCUGCGGAUAGAGUACCCUCCCCCACGGGCGACCUUAUCCGCGAGCAUCUUCGACCCCGUGAUGCUCGCGCGCGUGCUCGCCGUGCUCGUGUCCGAGUGGCGGCCGGAGCGGGUGGACUUUAUCGGCGUCGGCACCGACAUGCCCCCUGUCCUCGGGCAGCUCACACGCGUGUUCUGCCUCCCGUGCUCGGCGAAGAAGCGCAACGAGCGCGUAUGGGGCGACAACGCAGGCUGCAGCGCUCAUGGUGGCCUCGUCCGCUGGCAUCUUAGACGGCUGUUCGGCCCUGGCGCACACGAAGACUUGAUAGAAGCCAUCGACGAAGGCGCCGACCCUACCGACGAAGGCGAUAUCCAUCCAGACGCGGUACCGUGCGCCGCAGGCGCUAGGAUAGAGUACUGGAACGUACCAUGCCUCGCCGCUUUGGACCGCGAGGUGUUCUUAUCGGACACGUUCAAGAGCUGGCCGCCAGAGUGUGAUAUCGAGGGGCGGAUCGCCUUCUUCCCGUAG